AUGGUAAUAGCGUUAUUAAUGAAGAUUGAGGAACAACUAAAGAUGAUGUAUGCUAGUAGCAGGAAUAUAUCGGAGUGUUUUACAAAAUCUAGUACCAUAGUACCAAUAUCAGAUAUAUGUGUCAUGGAAAUGGCAUUCAUUAAAGCUUGUGAAGUUAAACAAAGUAUAAAUAAGGCUUUUCAGGCACCGAUACUGGCUACAGCAAUGCAAUGUUUCCACUCAAUGGUCAGCGAAGCGUACAUAAUUGUUCAUGGAGCUAUAGAGAAUAGGACGCUAAACACGCACGAAGUUGUCAAUUGUUCCGUUUGGAUUAUGUAUCAAAUUUUGAAAAUAUACGUUUUAGCUUAUUCGGGAAACCUUCUCAAACAAAAGGUUUUUCGAAUAGGACAAACUCUGCACAAUAUUCCCAUUCAGAAAAAGGAUAUGAUUACAUUUUUAGAGGUACAACAUUUUUCGACACUUAUGACAUACCAUGCUACCGAAUUAACAGUGUAUGGAUACUUUCCCCUGGAUGCUACACUCAUAUUUAACAUGAUUGCUUCUGCUGCGAUGUAUCUCGUAAUAAUGGUACAAUUUGAAAAAAGAUAAAUAAAUUUCAUACAGCAAGUUAAGACUAUUUUCCGUCAUUAAUACAGAAUGCCUGUGUGUGUGUGGAC